CCGGUGAUUCCGGCAGCCGCCGACCCGUGAGGCAGAGGCCUCGCCUGGUCCCUGGUUUCCUCUGGCGCCUGGUGAUCGAGCUCCUGUUCCCCUCCCUCACUGGAUCUACAAGUGUCAGUGCUCCCGGGGAGAAGUCAGGCGGCACCUGAUCGGCCGCGGGUUUCCAGCACCUUGUGUUUAGACCCCAGUGGCCGAGUCAGUGGGGCAAAGGCUUCCCGUGGGGACAGCAGGAGGCCACUCAGCCCGUCGAGUCCGUUCUGCAAACCAGCAUCUCAUUCUGCAAACCGGCAUCGCAACUUCUCUUUCUCGGCCUUUGACCUGCACAGAUUCUAAAUCACAGAUUCAAGACUUUGUCUUUCCAUCACAUUUCCAGUACCAAGUAGAGGCCCCUUGCUUCAGGAAAUUGAAGAAUGGGACCCAAUGGACUUGUACCUGUGACUAAUUCAAGAAUUCCAAUAAUUGCAACUCUUAAAUAUGGGGCCAUCCUCCUUGCUGUCAUUCUAGUUGGUGUGGUUAUUUACCACAAUUAUUCCAUACCUGAGUUUCUGAUCACUUCUAGAUAUAGUUGUAUGGGAAAAAUUAAACUAGACUUAUUGUGGCAAUCUCCAAAUUACAAGAAUGGAACAGAAGCCUCAAAAGUGCCGAGCAAGCUGUUGUUCAGUAAGGGUCAUCACAGUCACUCACACUGUGAUAUUGAUUCAAACAGAAGGUUUGACUGUGCUUUUAAUGAACGGAUUGACAUGGAGAAAUGUCAGGCCCGUGGCUGCUGCUGGAUUCCAAUGGUCAGCACUAUCAAUAGUACUGCACCUUUCUGUUUCUUACCAUCAAAUUAUCCUACGUACAACAUGGAUAGCCUUUCUCCAACCAAGACAGGCUUUACAGCUACACUAAACCGAACUGAGAAGACUUUUUUCCCAAAUGACAUAGGGGCACUUCAGUUGAACGUAAUGUACGAGUCAGCAGGCAGACUUCAUUUCACGCUUAAGGAUCCAAUGAGCAAACGGUAUGAAGUUCCUAUUGAUGUUCCAAAAGUAACUGAAAAAGCUUCAACACAGCUCUAUACUGUAAGACUUUCAUCCAGACCUUUUGGCAUCAUUAUACAGAGGAAAUCAAAUGGCCUUGUACUCUUGAACACUACAGUAGCUCCAUUAUUUUAUGCAGACCAGUUUCUGCAGAUCUCUACCUCUCUUGCCACAAACCACAUUUCUGGACUAGGAGAGCACAUGACAAAUCUGAUCCUCAGUGUCAACUGGACUCGAUUAACUUUCUGGAAUCGUGAUCAAAGCCCUAGUCCAAAUUCCAAUUUAUAUGGCUCACACCCUUUCUACAUGGUGAUGGAAGAGGAUGGGUCAGCUCAUGGUGUUUUUCUGUUAAACAGUAAUGCCAAGGAUGUUUUACUCCAACCAUUCCCUGCUCUAACCUGGAGGACAAUUGGGGGAAUUCUUGAUUUUUAUGUGUUCUUGGGUCCAGACCCUAAAACAGUGAUCAGACAGUAUAUGGAUGUUAUUGGUUAUCCAUUAAUGCCACCAUACUGGAGUCUAGGAUUCCAUUUAUGUCGGUGGGGUUACUGGAGCACCAACAUCACCCGGCAGGUUGUGGAGAACAUGACUAGAGCUUGCAUGCCUCAGGACGUACAAUGGAAUGACUUGGAUUACAUGGACAAGAAAAAAGACUUCACUUACAACAGGCAGUACUUUGGAGACUAUGCACAGAUGGUGGAAGAGUUUCAUCAAAAGGGCUUGAAAUAUGUCAUGAUUGUGGAUUCUGGCAUCAGCAGUGCAGAGACACCAGGGAAAUACAAACCAUAUGACGAUGGUGUCAAGAGAGGUGUCUUUAUCAAGAAUGAAACAGGUCAACCGUUAAUAGGAUGGGUUUGGCCUGGUCCAACAGCCUUCCCAGAUUUUACAAACCCAGAAACCCAGGCAUGGUGGCAUGAGAACAUAAAGGAAUUUCAUGAUCAAGUGCCGUUUGAUGGGAUGUGGAUUGACAUGAAUGAGCCAUCCAACUUCAUUAGUGGAGCAAUAGGUGGUUGUCCAGACAAUGAUUUAGAAAACCCUCCUUAUGUACCAGAUGUGAAUGGAGGAUAUCUGAGAUCUCGUACACUGUGUGUAUCUGGAAAACAGCAUCUCUCAUCACAUUACAACCUGCACAACCUGUAUGGGUUAACUGAGGCCAUUGCUUCCCACGAUGCAUUGAUCAAAGUGAGGGGUAAGCGCCCUUUUGUUAUUUCACGUUCAACAUUUCCCAGUCAUGGUCAUUAUGCUGGACACUGGACAGGGGACAUCUCAAGUGGCUGGAAUGAUAUGUACUACACCAUCCCAGCAAUAAUGCUGUUUAACAUGUAUGGAGUUCCACUGGUGGGAGCAGAUGUCUGUGGUUUUCGUUGGGGCACCAAUGAAGAACUCUGUAUACGCUGGACACAACUCGGAUCUUUCUACCCUUUCAUGCGGAAUCAUAAUGAUUGGAAACAGCCGUCUCAGGAACCAUACGUCUUUAGUGAGUCAGCACAAUCAGCAAUGCGGAAAGCUCUCUUCACAAGAUACAAGCUGCUGCCUUUUCUUUACACGCUUUUCCACAAAGCGCACACUGCUGGAGAGAUGGUUGUUCGACCACUGUCAUUUGAGUUCCCUCAAGAUACAAACACGAUAAGUAUUGAUCGUCAGUUCAUGUGGGGGGAUGCACUUCUCAUCACUCCAGUACUGAAACCUAAGACAGUAGAGGUGUCUGGCUAUUUUCCCCCAACCACAUGGUACAACCUAAAUGAUGGUUCUGCAAUUCAUAGUAAGGGUCAGUAUAUUAUACUUAAGGCACCUUUGGAUACAAUAAAUGUUCAUCUGCGAGGAGGCUGUAUUCUGCCUAUACAGGAACCCAACACCACAACUGCUGCCUCUCGUGGGAACCCAUUUGGUCUGAUUGUUGCACUGUCUGAUCAAGGAACAGCAAGAGGAGAACUCUUCUGGGAUGAUGGUGAUAGUCUACUGACUUAUGAAAAUGGGGACUAUACUGAAAUUAUUUUCCUAGCAGUGAAGAAUGUGCUGUUCAGUGAAAUAAUCCAUUUGAGUAAUCAGAUUAAUGGUCUGAAACUACGCAGUGUCUUUGUGUUUGGAGUUCCUUUGCCCAAAGAAAGUUUGGUAAAUGGACUCUGGAUCUCAGACUUCUUCUACAGAAGAGACACAAAGGUGCUGACUUUGCAGAAUCUCCCUAUUCCAUUAGGAAAGCAGUUUACAAUUACUUGGUUCUGAAGAAAGAAAAGCAAACAUACCAAAAAAGUCUCUGCAACAAAACAGAUGGUUAUAAAUCAGUGGUUAAAAAGAAAAGUUAGAGGUAUUUAUGAUUGGAUUCUGAUUAUUAGUCUGACAAGAAUUCUUGCACAUUGUUUCAAAAAGGAGUCAUGAAAAUUUUAUCUUUUAUACUUGAACAGAGUUUUGAUUGAAUCAAUUAUCUGGGCAUUUUUUGGGGUGGAGUUGAGAGGGCACUGACUGUGUGAGAUCCAUGACAGUGAACUGGCUAUCUUUGAGAGUCUCUCUAUUUGGUCUAAAUUACUGCUGCAAAUAUUUUCACUUUUGCCUAUUACACUGGUGUGAUUUAACCCCCUGAAUGAAUAAUUUCUGAAUUAGAAAUGAAACUACUAACAGAGUUGUCCUGUGAUUUUUUUUUUCCAAAGUAUUUAACAACAUUAUGGUUUAACUAACUACUGCCAAAUAUUUAUCUUUACUUCUGUACCUAAAAAUACUCUUGAUGCUAAUUGUCCAUAUUAUGGACUAUUGCUCCAUUUAAUUGGCCCUGUUUUCCUUGGGGCAGGGAGUAUGCUACUAUGUGGCUAAUCAUAUCACUUCAUUUAACUUCUACCAAUUGUAGUUAUUAAAAUUUAUCAAAAUCUUUGAUUUUGUCAAUUUUAUUCUUUUUCAAUAAUUGGAUUUUUAAAGAUUUUAUUAAAUCUGGGAAAUUUGUUUUCAUUCAUGUCCUAAUUAAGCAUUAUUCAAAGUAAUUUAUGUGAUAAGUUUAAGAUAUUUCUCGGAGUCAAGAUGAAGUGCUGUAUAAAUCGUCUACAACAUGUUUGAAAAAUAAAGCAUAGUUAGUAAAUGUCAAGAGUAAUCAUCAAGAAAAGCCAAGAAAUAAGAGCAGGAGUAGGCCAUUUGGCCUCUCGUACCUAUUGUACCAUUCAAUAAGAUCCAAGGUAUACCUUUAGCCUUACUACGUUGCUGAUAUCCCUCCACACCCUUUUCCACUGAGUCUUUACAGAUGUCUUUGAAGCUUUUGCUGCAGAUAGGCUGGCUUCAGACAGCUGCCCAGGGCUGGUUCUGAGAAGCAAUGGUUGAAGGUAACGUGAUGUCCUCUGACAGAGGUAUGACAUCCAGAACCUGCAGACCAACCACCAUUGCCAGCACCAUUGUUUCCAAUUCCAAUCUUGGUGUUGAAGCAGCUGAUGGUCCCUGAAUUACAGAUGUUUUAUGCUUCCUCUCUUCAUUCUUUUCCUUGGAUUCAGCUCUCCAUACAUCUGAGCAAAACUCUGUGUGAGCCAAGGGGUAAGUCUCUUCUCCUGCAGAAGAGAGACAAGUUCCCACAUGCCAUAUUUGUACUUCUAUGGGAGAGCAGUCUGCUUGCAAGCAUCAUCUCACUCCUCAUGGAGGACAUCGAGCAGUUCACCGAUAUAUUCCUGUUCCUUUCAAGCUUCAACCUGGUUUCAUGUUGUAGAGAGAAGAUCUGAUGAGUAAGCAUGAGGCUUCAUUUGUGGUUUCACAACUGUCAGAAAAUCAGGAAUGCAGUGUGAUGGAACGGUAAUCAAUCCUCAGCAAAAGUGAGUGGAGGUCAAGGUGUCCUGACUCCCUUCAACCUGCUGUGAGAGCCUGGAGAUGGACUCUACACUCAUUGUUAUCAUCUGCACUCAGUGAGGCAAGCCUGGCAGUUCAUUAACCACUUUCCUGGCAUCCACAUCAGCCUUGUCAAGAAAGCAUCCCAAUUGUGGUCCUUAUUUGAGUUCUCUGGGACUAUAUGGUUGCACAGAACGACUGUUUUGCCAAAAACUUAUGAGCCCUCACACUUGAUUUUCCCUUCACCUGGUGCCAUAUUGCAGCCCAUUAGUGAUUGGUGGUGCAUCUCCUAGUGACAUAUACCUUAACCUAAUCUUUUAUCCAUUGCACCCGGCACCCCAUAGUACACCUGCUGCCAGUGUGAGAUAUACUUUGGGGUCUCGGGCCCAGUGGUGCACUGUGCCCUUCAUUAUUCUCAGCAGCUUCUUUGUCCUCCUCUACCUCCAAUGUUUUCUCCUGCUCCUCCUGUCCUUUUUUGGAGAGGGAAUAACCUGAUAUGCUGGAAAGACAAAAAUAGAGGAUAGUUGCUACAAGCUCAGGCAGGAACACCUUUACAGUGAAGCUGAGGCAUAGGUAGAAGUGAUGGUUACUGGUGAAUCAAAUCAAAUGGCAGAAAGUAAUCACAUUGGAACAUUCAUUGCCUGUAUUGCUCAAAUGUUUUAAGUGAUUUGAGGCUCGGUGGCCCCUCUGUCCAGAAGGUGGAUGACAAUUUUACUCUGUUCGGGACAGCUGCUUCAUGUGCAGGUGGUUAUUCCUUGCUAGUUAUGCCUAAGUAGAAAUGAAGAAGGACAUCAACCAAGCACCUUAUUAAUGUCCCUUUUAGAGGCUUGACCUUAAUUUGAGGAGUGGAAGAGAGAGAAUAUCAGUAGUGUGGACAGGGUGGAGUAAAUCUGUGUGUGCAUGUGUUUGUGAAUAAGAGGGAGCCAAAAAGAGCAGAAUUAAUGUUGGUAUAUAUUGUCAGUCCAUGAAUUUUCUCCCAGCAUUACCCUGUGAUUCAGGGGUUCUCAUUCCAGGCCAAAACUAUCCCCUACUAACGGCAGCUUAGCCGGUCUCCUAUUUCCCACCUUGACCCACAAGACUCUUUGCUUCUUGCUCCCACUUCAGGACUUAAUUGCCCUGCUAUGUAAAAUAUGGAACACUCCCCUGCCGCACCUGUCUCCUUCACAGCAGACAUAAUGUGUCUUGUUACAAUCUGGCUUCCAAGGGGAGUGUACCUUUAAAGGCUUACACCUGUCGUUGGUGAACAGUACUAGCAAGUACUCUAAAUUGGGUGUGAUCCCAACAAGAACCAUAUAGUUUCUAUAUGAGUGGGCAUUUCAGAGUGCACAUAUACUGUUUUGAAUAUCUUUUCAGCCAAUUUCACAGUUUUGUGAAUGGGACCUGAUGUGAUAAUCAGCCUAAAAUGCAAUGAUAAUUUAAUGUACCCAAAAAGGGCAAAAUGUAUUUUCUUGGCUAAAAACUUUUGUUUAUAGCAAAAACUUGUCUAAAAACUGUGUAAAUGCAAUGAUUUUUGAGAGACUUUUAGUGGUGAAAAAUGAUUGUACAGCAUGAAAAUAAAAAUGUAAUUUGAAGUUAGAGUUGC